GUUGGUGGCUGUCACCUGUCACUUUUCGUCAUUUUUGUUGCGCGGUGGUGUGCCUCGGUGUACAGAAUUUUCAUUUCUUCUAAUUAAAUAAUGUUAUCAUACUAGAGAUAAUGAGUAUAACGUGCAUUAGUAUCCACACAGGCUCGCUGUGAAGUGAGCAAACGCGGGUAACGCGAUACCCAAUACAGAGAGGAUGGUGGUCUCGUGAGGAAUACUCAAUUGUUCAAUACCGCAUUGUGAAAUCAUCAUUGUUUUCGCACAAAUAUUAUUUAAUAUGAUUGUUAUGUAAUUACUGCUAGUUGUUAUUGGUGAUAUUUGAAGCUGUCGAAGAUGAGGGCGGUCGCGUUGAUCAGCGGUGGGAAAGACAGCUGUUACAAUAUGAUGCAGUGCGUCGGUGCCGGCCACACGAUCGUGGCGCUGGCCAACCUCCAACCUGUUCUCAAAGAUGAACUGGACAGCUACAUGUAUCAGACAGUAGGUCACCAGGGCAUAUCGCUGUAUGCGGAGGCUAUGGGUUUGCCUCUAUACAGAGAGAUUAUAUCUGGUGUGGCAGUGGACCAAGGCAGGAACUAUAAGCCAACUGACAAUGAUGAGGUGGAAGAUUUGUAUAGGCUUUUGGCAAGAAUUAAGAAUGAAAUAGAUAUAGAAGCAGUUGCAUGUGGAGCUAUUUUAUCCGAUUACCAAAGAAUUAGGGUGGAGAAUGUAUGUCAGAGGCUAGGUCUAGUGUCGCUUGCGUACUUGUGGAGGAGAAACCAGAAAGAGCUGCUGCAGGAAAUGAUAGCCAGUGGUGUUGAAGCCAUCAUCAUUAAGGUGGCAGCACUAGGUCUGGAUCCACGGAUACACCUGGGCAUGUCGCUCAAAGACAUCCAGCCCCAUCUUCUAGUCAUGCAGGAGAAAUAUGGACUCAACGUGUGCGGCGAGGGCGGCGAAUACGAGACCUUCACGCUCGACUGUCCGCUGUUUAGGAAGAAACUAGUUAUAGAUGAAAAAGAAAUGGUGAUACACACCGAGGACCCAGUAGCUUCUGUUGGCUAUUUAAACUUAAAGUUACACUUAGAACAUAAAGAGAACUACGAAACAAUCAAACUACCUCCAACUGUGAGAAACUCAUUAGAUUUUGUAAAAGACUUGAGCGAUACAGUGUUUAGCGACAUAAGUGAUAUGGAACUGAGUGAGACCGAACUAGAAUCUAUCGAGAAAUUAGAGAAAGUUGAGAAAAUUGAACUCAAGCCUUUACUUACUUACUCUGGGGACAACGUUAAAGGGCUUAAUUCGAGUGACAAUGAAUAUGAGGAAAGUGUAGAGGAUGGAUACUACUACGAUGAAAUGCACGGUUCGAGUGAAAUAGAGCCGGUGUUGGACCACAGAACGAUAUACGGGAACAGGCACGGGUGGUAUUUCAUCGGAGGCAUAGUCGGUGAGGGUGUCGAUACGGCUGUAGCGACUACGGACGCUAUGAAGAAACUCAUUAACCUCCUCGAGUCGGUAAACUUGCAACUACCCGACAUAUGUUCAGUGAACAUAUACAUGCGCGACAUGGACGAGUACGCGGCACUCAACAAGGUCUACGUCGAUACUUUCUCGUUCCCGAACCCCCCGACGCGAGUGUGCGUACAGUGCCCUCUGCCGAAGAACGUUGGACUUAUAUUGGACGGGGUUGCAUAUAAAGCAGUCAACGAUAAUAAUCAGGAAAGUGACGGAAUCUCGAAGGAGCGCGUGACGAUGCAUGUUCAAGGGAUAUCGCACUGGGCGCCGGCGAACAUUGGACCGUAUAGUCAAGCGGUUAAGGUGGGCGAAGUGCUGGGCACGUGCGGGCAGAUCGCUCUAGUGCCGGGCUGUAUGAAGCUGACGGAGGGCGGAGCGCGCGCGCAGUGCUCGCUCGCGCUGAGGCACCUCACGCGCGUGUUACGCGCGGCACACUCGCGGGCGCACAUCCGCAGUGUAGUACAGAGCGUUUGUUACGUGACCGGGCGAGGCGCGGCGCGGGAAGCUAGGAGACAGUUAGAGCGUCGUACGGCGGGCGCUAUAGUCCAGUGCGCUGUGGUGGAGGCCUUACCGCGAGCGGCGUGCGUGGAGUGGCACGCGUGGGCGCACACGGAUAACAACCGGUUUGAAUAUGAAGAGACGGGCUGCAACGUGGGCGACUACAAAGUGGCCAUCACGAGGCGGUGGAACUAUGAGAACACUGUCGCUGCUAUUGUUUGUUACGUCGCUACAGGUUCGUCCCCCUCGACGUGCCAGGUGUCGUUCCCGGACGCGGCGGCGUGCGACCGCCACCGCACGCACGCGGCCAACAUCUCCCGCACCGACCUCGAGGCCGUCCUCGACUACGCGCUCAGGAAACUGCUCAACGACUGCCACGAGCGCGAACCUUGCCCCGCGCUCUAUGUCAGGAUAUUCUACCAGGUAUGGGGUUCUCCAACGCCACAAAGCAUGGCGGCCGCCGCAGCGACAGUCGGCAGCCGCCUCAACGCGCGCGUGGCGCUGAGCGCGGUGCCCGUGGUGGCGCUGCACAACGCCUUCACCUUCCUCUCCAUCAGCGGCCUGCGCUUGCAGGAGUAACUCGUGAGUACCCAGCUCAUGAAAUAAGAAUGCAGAUGCUUUAUUGCCGUUUUAAAAAUAUAUUUGCUGAAUAUUUUUCAGUGUUUAUAUAAUUUUGUUAAUUAUGCUACCGAGUUUACCAUAUUUUAAGUCAAAAUAUAUAAAUUAUUUUUAUUGCAUAA